AUGUCCCAUCGGCACGUUGCCAUGUCACGAGUCCGCCCGCCAGGUCGCAAGGAGCCUCGCGAGGCUCCGUCCAAACCGUUGGCUCCUCCGACGGUCGUCUCAAAGUCACUCGCCUCGCGAUUCUUUCGCCAGAGUCACACUCCUCUUGUCGUCCCACCCUCCCCAAACACGAAUCGCAAAGCAGCGACGCGUGCUGCGGGUACCGGUGCCGCCGUCGCCCGGGAUCGUCGUACCGCAGCGCAACCCCCGCCCGAACAACUGCCCGCCUUGGCAGCGGAAUUCGGAGCCUUUGCCUUGCUCGACGAAUCCGCCGAGACGGUACUGGUCAAUGACGAACUCCCGCACGCCUUUCGGGACUUUGCGACCAAACUGUGGACGACAUUGCAUCGGAGAUGUCAACGGGCCAAUCGCGACGGUGGCAAGACCCGCAUUGCCAUCACCGUGAAACAGUACGAAGCACUGUGGAACCACAUGAACGGCGACUAUACCGAAAUGCUCCUGGAUCAGUCCUACGAAGGGCAUCACGAUGAUCUGGAAUUGCACCUGAUGGCUGCCAAUCACGUCGUGCAAGACUUUCUGCAGCUGCAAACACUCUUUCACGAAACCCGCACACCCACCAGACUACGACACGCGUUGUGGGAAGGCUUGGAACGCUUCCUCGCUCCACGAUUGGUCGAACAGUAUCAAGCGCGUCUCACUACCAUGACGCCCGCGGAAGCGGCCCGGACCAUUUCCUGGCUCGACGAUUUCCAGGAAUCGGCCCGGGCCCGUCGGCUACGCGUCAGCGACACCUGGCAGCACGACCAGGAACGUCUCCUGCAAGUCUACUUGCAAAAGGGCGUACGCAACGAAAUGGCCACGCUGGUGCAACGACUCGCGGAACAGUACAGCGCCGACGAAAUUCGACACGACGAACACGGACAUUUGGUAUCGACCCUGCCCGAAACGGUCAGCUUUCUGUACCAGCAGCAGCACGCGGUCGCCCUCGAAUGUAUACCACUGGUCUUUCACGAACAAGUACUCGCCGCCUGUAACGAAGAACUGGGAACACUGGCGGGAGCACUCUUGCUGGUCGUCCAUACCGUCUGGAAGGAAAAUAAUACCGGAACGCACCAGUACUGUGCACUCAUUAACGAUAUUUAUCGACUCGGAGAACAAUGCGACAAUCGGAACGAAGAAGUAUUGACCAAUCCAGCCUACAUGGAAGCCGCGGAAGCCUUGUCGGCGACUCUGACACAAUUCUCGCUGCAAACGACCUCGUUUCUCUGUGAACGUAUCUUUACCGUACUCCAAGAACCGGAAUCCGUCCUGGCACCCGUGGGCACCGCGCCGUGGGAACGCCAGGAAAUUGCGUCGCCCGUCGAUCGUACCAUUGCUACUCUGCAGGACUAUUUUGUAGAUCUGGAGGCUUGGCUCUCCGGCAACUACUACUACCCCAAAGUUCUCAAACAAAGUCUCGACUUUUGCGUACACCAGUACGUCACGUCAUUUUUCGUCAACACCAUGGCACGCGGGGUCCACAAUCCAGCCGCCGCCGCGCGAGAAAUUCGAAACGAUCACCACCGUCUGGACUCGUACUUUUCCGGAGAGGACUUGAUGCCGCAUCACGGAGUGGCGGGCUUUUACACACGCAGCCAGAUCAGUUUGCAAUUGUGCAUUCUCCAAAAUAUGGCGGCCCUGAUCGAUCCACAGCGAGGACCGGACGAUGUUGGCGGAGACCUCAAGGCCGUUCUCGUUCGGCUCGAUCGGGAUGUUCCCGGUAAUCCCGCUGUACUCCACUUGCUCGGAUUGCGGAAACGCCAUCGAGGCAAGGAGUCUGCCGAGUGGCUCCGGGCAAUUGCCAAAGCCAAACAGGCCGUGGAACUGGACCUUCAAGGUAACAACGCCACGGCGGAUUCCCGUAACGCCAACAAUCUAUUGCUCCUGCCCAAACUAUGCGAAUCGCGAUUUUUACACAACUUGCGUACCGGCAAUGGAGUACAGCGACAGCUUUCCAAUACGACCCAAGAUUUCAUCGAGUCCACCCGUCAACUACUCGUGAACGAAGCUAAAGGGUUACAGCGGAUUCGCAUGUACGCCACCCAUCGUGGAGUCGGAAUGAGAGGAUCAGAGAAACGCCCUUGAGGAACCAAAGUUGGUUCUCUGCGGAAUGGUUGGUUCCCUUUGAACCAUCCAAUAUAAGUGUACCGUUUUUGUUUUCUGUACGGAUAAUUAUUCCUUUAUUGUUUAAUUACUUUC